GAUUUUUCCUUUCUUGAUAUUAGUCUUUUGAAGCUACCAUACAUACCUGACAUGAGUAAGGAUUCGGAAGGCCUACAGGUGGUUUACGGUCAGGAAGGGCUCCAUUCUACAGUACAACAAGAUGCAUCCCUCUGCGUCGUGGAACACCAUUUUCAGGACGAUAACAGAUUUGAUGGUUAUCAAACACCAGCAGCUGCAUGUGAAGGUGAUAAAUCGAAGCGUAUUUGCGGCAUGAAGUCAUUGCAUUUUUACAUCACCGCCGCUAUUGUCAUUCUUAUCAUACUCGCUGCGGCCAUUGGUGGAGGCGUCGGAGGCGGCCUUACAUCUCGAUCAGAGCACAGUGGUAGGGACCAUAGCGGCAUUGCAGCUCUUGCUACAGCAUCAAAGACCAACCGCGCCGGCCAACUCGAAAUCCUUGCCAGCGGAGACAAUAUAGCUGGGUUCGACAACGCUACGACUGGACACACACGAUUUGUUUUUCAAAACGACAACAAUCUGGUCGUCUACAACACCUCAAAUGGAGAGAAGGGAUGGAUCACUCUUUGGUCCUCGGAGCAUUACGGUGGAUACACUGGCAAUUGCAGUACAAACGGCAAGCAGUCGGCGUCGAGCUCUGGAGGCGAGACUUUAGUGUUCACUAAUAAGAGUCCGUGGAUUAGUAUUCUGACAAAGAAUGGUUCGAUUCUCUGGACAACUGAUGACGGUAUACGAAUACUGCUCAACGAGGACAUUACCGACUAG